AUGAAAAAUUUAAAUUAGAGCAUUUUAUUUAUUAAUUAGCAAAUUAGAAAUUAAUAAAAACUAUUGCAAUCUAAACAAUAAGUAGAAAAGAAUAAAUUUGCAGCAUCACUGGAAAUGCAACUAAUCAAUAAUAAUUUAGCCAAAAUAUUUUUUCCACUAAGUAAUAAAAAAUUAUUUUUUUAGUUAAGUAAAUCUAUAAAUGA